AUGGGUACCAAAACACUUAUAAAGUUGGGUGCUUUGGAGCCUAAACAGACAGCGUUUCUUUUGUGUGAUAUUCAAGAAAUUUUCAGAAAACACGUGAAACAUUUCGGAGAAAUAGUCAAAGUGGCUAAUAAAAUGAUGCAAGCAUCAAAAUCCUUCUGCAUUCCAGUAUACGUAUCAGAACAAUACCCAAAGGGUCUGGGCCACACUGCGGAGGACGUGAACGUGGCUGAUGCCACCUGGCUGUAUGAGAAGACAAAAUUCUCAAUGCUCACCCCCGAACUGCACGUGAGGAUGCAGACUGACGUUCCGCAGCUUUCCUCAGUAGUUCUAUGUGGACUUGAGACUCACGUUUGCAUAGAGCAGACUGCAAUAGACCUGAUGAGCGAAGGAUUGGAAGUGCACGUAUUGGCUGACGGAGUAUCGUCCAGAUCCAACAUGGAUCGAGGAUUGGCUCUGCAGCGAUUGCAAGCCUUAGGAUGCUUCGUAACAACAUCAGAAAACGUCCUAUUCAAGCUACUGAAGGAUAAAAACCAUCCGUCAUUUAAAUUUAUUUCGAAGUUGAACAAAACACCUACAGUAGACACGCUGGGAUAUGAUUUGAAAAAUAAAGCGUAA